GUUUAAUGAUUUUUGGACGAUAUGUAUAGGACUGCUGGCGCUACGUUUUGGCAUCGGUCCUUUGCUUUCAAUUCCUGAAUGACGGUGUAAUCGUCCUGGAAACAUCUCGCUACCUCGAGCCUGAGGAUACUUCAUCGAUUCAUUUGCAUCAAUCGUGUUUACCAGCUCGGCAGAAUGGCAAUUUGCUGGGGCCCAUUCGACAUCGAAGCAAGGAUAUAUAAAUGCUAAAUGGCUUCGAUUUUGACUUUUGGUGUUCUCACUGCCUGUGUUGUCUACAUUCCUUUGCGCCUCCCGAUACUGCUAUUUUUUUCUCAAGGGUCAUGUUUGAGUCGACUGGCGCGAUUUCGAUUCCCCAUAAGACUCUGGGAGCGCUCUUGAUUGGUCUAAUUGCUUCGAGUGUAAUAUAUGGCAUAACAUGCGGUCAGAUAAUCCGAUACUACCAGCGGUACAGGUCGGAUUCGACUCGUCUGAAGCUUGCUGUGGCCAUUGUCUGGUUGUCGGAAACAGCUAGUCAGGUUAUGAUGGUUUAUGCGCUAUACCAUUACCUCAUUCAUAACCGGAUGAAUAUUCUCGCUUUGGUAGAUGUGAAUUGGAGUCUCGUGGUGCCGUUUGGAACUAAUGGACUUGCAGCAUUAAUUAUACAAGUCAUCUUCGCGAGACAGGUUUACAUCAUGAGCUCGAAGAAUAUGUACAUAACGGGAUUUAUCUGCUUGAUGUCUAUUGCUCAGUUCGUUUUGGCUCUGGUUGUCAUGACGAAAGGACUGCAUAGUGCAUACGCUAUCUACGACAGGUUCAAGAUCCUUGCUCCACCAGCAUUUGCGAUUACAGCAGCCAAUGAUAUCCUCAUUGCGCUUAGCCUGAGUUAUUUCCUUCAUUCUCAUAAAUCGGGUAUCGCCAGAACAAACGGCAUCGUGAACCGGCUCAUCAUCCUGACAAUCAACAACGGAGCUUUGUCGAGCUUCUUCGCGUUUGCCGCUUUGAUAUGCCUGCUGACAGCACCUCAGACGAUGGUGUCGAUUGCCUUGAAUUUCCUCCUUGGAAAAGCCUAUACCAACACGCUCCUCGCUAGCUUGAAUUGGAGGACAAACUCGAGGGACACCCUGUUGCAGCAAAAUAUACCUAUGAAUUCGAAUAUCCGGUCGCCUAGACCGAGGACCCCUCGCAAGGUGAAUACUUGGCUCUCAAGUUACUCCACUGAUGUUAGAUCAAGUUCAAUGAAUGUUUUUUAGAGCACAUUUUCGGGGUCCGACAAGAGUUCGCAACGAAAUGUGUACUGGGAAACGAAUGAGCUUGGAUAUCAAGAUCCACCACUGGAUCCCAGACGAGUUCUUGACCAGUAUUUGUACGUUAGUGGAGAUAGGACUGACGUAUGUGCGAACAUGAAUCCGAAUCAGAAGUAGCUUCUUCCAGCAGAUUGGGGAAAAGGAUAGACAUAUCUGCUAGAGGAUCACCUGCAAUCUCAAAUAUCUCUGCCAGUGUGACAAUGGGAAUCCUCCAUGCACAAAUUUAUUGCUGUUUUUUUAAAGAACUUUUGUUGUUGUAAAGAUCAGUUCGAAUAAAGAUUUCACGGAC